AUGAAUGAUGAAAUGUUUGAAGAAAGGAUUCUAUUUUGGUGCAGACAACGGUCACUCUGGGAUCAGGAAUGGAACAGCAUGCACGAUGGUCGUGCCAGGGUUAGAAGACGACGUGGUGAAAGGAGGAAUCCACAGUUUUUUGUUGAAAGACAUGUUCAUCACACUGUUGGAGUUAUGGUUUGGGGUGCUAUAGCUUAUGGUUCCAGGUCACCUUUAAUCUUCAUCAGAGGUAACAUGAACGCGCAGCAUCCAACUUUCCAACAAGAUAAUGCCCGACCACAUGUUGCAAGAGUCACAAUAGACUUCUUUCAACAUAAUGAUGUCACAUUGUUACCAUGGCCACCAAGAUCUCCCGACUUAUCCCCAAUUGAGCACGUGUGGGAUAUGAUGGGUAGGAGAUUGCUCAAUUUGCAACGUCCUCCUCAGACUCUAGAAGCACUUCGAGAGGAGUUGGUGGUUGCCUGGAAUGAGAUACCACAGGAGGACAUUGACCACCUGACCAGAACCAUGCCUAGGCGCGUUGGAGAAUGCGUAGCACAUCAGGGUGCAUCCACACAUUAUUAA